AUGACCAACAGAAGUGUUGUGACUGACUUCCAGCUCUUAGGAUUCUCUGAUAUUCCAGAGCUGCGCAUUUUACAUUUUCUGGGUUUUUUGCUAAUGUAUCUGGCAGCCUUGGUUGGGAAUCUUCUCAUGAUAACAGUUGUAACCCUCAACCAACAUCUUCAUACUCCAAUGUAUUUUUUCCUGGCUAAUUUAGCUCUUAUCGAUCUCAGUUUCAUCUCCGUCACGGUGCCUAAAGCCAUGGUGAAUUCUCUGACAAAAACCAGAAGGAUUUCCUAUUUUGCAUGCAUGGCCCAGGUCUUCUUCUUCUUUUGGGCGGGGGCAUCAGAAUUCUUCCUCCUGACAGUCAUGGCCUAUGAUCGCUAUGUUGCUAUCUGCAACCCCCUGAACUAUGUGAAGGAAAUGAACAUGGAAGUCUGCAUGAAAUUGGCUGCCAGCGCAUGGCUAUUUGGGAUUUUUGAUGCAGUGCUGAACACUGCUUGCACAUUUGCCAUCCCUUUCUGCUCCAAUGUCAUCAACCAGUACUUCUGUGAAAUCCCUCAGCUGCUGAAGCUUUCCUGCUCUGACUCCUACCUCAUAGAAGUUGGAGCUCUCAUAUUUACUGCACUGAUAUGGUGGGUUUCAAGAGAUGAACGGGGCUCCAAGAAUGCUGAGGAAUCUUUAUUUUCAUUGACUCAAGCAACUUGA